AUGUGCAGCGUACUACAUCUCUCACACUUAGCCAUUGUCCUCACCGUCGUCCUCGCCAUUGCCGCCGCCUCCGCCCCGCCCGUCCAACGAACACCCGCCACGCCCGCACUUGCCGCAGACGCCGCCGCCCGACCACUAGUCCUCCACUUUGUGUCCGACUUGCCAUCAUCGCUUCCUUCUUUCCUUGCUGAAGCUCUUACUGACGUCGCCGACGUCAUCGCUGCUUCAUGGAGACUACAUCCGUCGUUGACGACGGCGCCGUUGCCGGUCAACACCUCGGCUCUCGCCGGCUCCCGAUGCGGUCGGCUUGCUGCAAAUGAGACCUCCGCCUUUGCUGCUCCGCUGCCGUCAGACGCAUCGGUGGUAGUGCUUGUUGCCGCCACCUCGGAUCUGCCGCCGAAUCGCGUCGCCCUGGCCGCUCCGUGCGGCUUUGAUCCGCCGGCAGCAGCUCUCGCCCCGCUCGCCCUCCGCAACACGCUCUGGCGCGAAGCCAUGCAUGUACUUGCUUUUUAUCCGGCCGCCCUCGACCCGAUCACCUCGUGGCAGCUCGUCGCCUUCCGCAAUCGCUCAGUUAUCGUCUCGCCGCGCGUUGCCGCCGCUGCUCGCGAACACUACGACUGCCAAAGCCUCGGCGGCCUCGAGCUUGAAGACGGUGGAGGGAACGAUGUUGCUGACUUGCACUGGGAGGCUCGCCUUGUCGGCCGCCACGCACUUAUGGCUCCAACGCUCUACAACGCCUCGCGCUCUGCGCUCUGGCCUGCCCUCUCGGCCGCGCCAGUCCAGGCGUCAGCAUCAGACGCGCCUGUGGUCUCGCCGUUUACCAUUGCCCUCCUCCAAGACUUGGGGUGGUAUGCGCUCGCAGAAGGCGCACCUGCUCCGCCGUUGCUUGCUUGGGGUGCCCGUCGCGGCUGCGCCUUUGUUGCAGGCGACUGUAGUCCGAACAAUCGUGCCUGGCGAACCUACCUCUGCGUCAAGCCCGGAAGUCGGCGAUGCGCACCAGCGUGGGACGCGCUUGGCGCCUGUGAUGUGGUUUCUUUUCUUGAUCCGCUGCCGCCGGGCUACUCGCAUCUGCCUGACCCGCGUCGUGGCGGCUCGGACCCUCUUCCUGACUACUGUCCGCUCGCAGUCCCGCUCGGCGAGAGCUCGUGCGUGACUCCGACGCUCGAGCAUGCGCGCACUGCAAGCAACCAUGGUGAGCGAUUCUCGCCCUCGUCACGCUGUCUUGGUAGCUCCAUUGCGCAGCCCGGCUCGUCCUGGCCAGCCCACGGAGCGGCCUGCUACCCCAUGCAUUGCCAGCGCAACGGCUCGUUCACCAUUCUCGUCGUUCAGAUUGCUUCGGUCUCAAUAGCCUGCCAGCCGUAUGCCAGCAUCUCGGCCCCAGGCUUUCUCGGCAAAGCCUACUGUCCAUCGAACUAUGAUAUCGAGUGGCUCUGCGCCACGCUCACCCUUGCCCGGGAGCCGUGGCCUCAGCUGGCCUUCAUCGAGCCGGCCGUGCUGCCAGCAGCGGCCGAGACCAUGCUCUACGUUCAUGGAUCUGGGUUCGGGCCGUCGCUUGCAGUCUGGCUCAGCUACACUCCGCCGGCCGAUGCCGAGCCUAGUGUGCGUGCUGGUCUAGCCGCACCGUUCACGGUCAGAUGUGCCGAGCUUCAUGUCAUCGCCGCCGACCUUGCCUUCUGCCUUGUCCCCCGCCUUGACAACGAGCUCGGGCAUGACGCGAGCCUUGAUGUCAAGAUCGCCAACGCGCCUGCUGAUGGUUUUACCUACCUCGCCAUGGUGCGGUAUUCGCACCGCUCAGGCUUAGUCAGCUCCCAGACUCGAAGCGAGUCGGUCAUGAGCGGCAUCGGAGCGACGUCGGCGGCCGCGCCGCUGCUCCUCGGAGUCUACUUUGUCAUCGCCAUGCUGUGCAUCACUGCGCUUGCUCUCUGGCGCAUCCGCUGCUCGCACUGGGUCUGGGGCGGUUCGGGCGCUCAUGUUUGGAUCUCAUCAUCGGUCAUGGAAAAAGUUGUGCAUGAGCACCCCCUCAUUGGUAUCUACACUGUCUACUCUACCGAUCCGUUCUCAACUGUAUCGCGGACCAUCAGCCUUGGCGCCUCUCUCAACGUCGGCUACAUGUGGUCGCACCUUAUCCACGCCAUGUUUAGCCGUCAUGCCGGAACCUGGGGUGUGGCGAUCUUUGCUCUCGCUACCGGUGUUCCCGUCAUGGCCGGGUUUCAAGCGAUUCUGGCCCAGGCCAUCCGCAUGCCGCCGUCAGGCAAGUCACUCGUCUACGUGGCUGGCUUGGCCGAGAUGGCCGCCGCCGGCUUCGCCGUCGUUCUCUUUGUACUCAACGUGCUCUUUUCCUCCACGCCGGUCCUUGUCGAAAGCGCAAACUUAGCGCCGCGGGCCCAAAACGUGUUCAUCGUUGCCAUGAUUGUCUACGCCGCCUGGCUCCUCGCCGCAGCGCCGCUCAUAGCCCUCGUCAAGUUUUACAUCCUCAGGGACAAGACGCUGUAUCUCGGCCACUCUGGCAACGCCCGCGACGCCACAGUCAGGCCCGGCAUCACCAUCGUGGUUCCCCCACCGCCACAGCAAGAGCCCGCCAUCACUGGCGCAGCCGAGGCGCUGAGCAACUCGUCGUCGUCAGCUGCUCUCUCCAACUCGCUCUCCCUACAGGUCCGUGUCACGCCGCAGCAGACCAAUCCGCCGCGGCUGCCGCCAACGCAGCUGCCACAACCGCAGCCGUUCCGAGCAACGCCCAAGGACGACUCAUCGUCCGACUCGAUCCUCUCGGACCCAGACGUCAUGAUUGCCACGCCACAUGCGGAAGCCUCAGCUGCUGGAGUCGGCACAGGCCGCUCACCGUCGUCAUCGUCGCCGUCCUCGUCGUGCUCGUCCAUCCUGGCUGACAUGUCGUCAUGCUCUGUCUGCGAUGUGCCUGAACCGUGA